GGCAGGGUGUCAUGUGGCUGGAGGGGGAGUGGGGGUGCUGGGCGUGGGGUGUGAAUGGCUCGGCGCCUUCUGUUUCCCGGACAGCUCUGCUGCCAUGGAUGUGUUCCAGAAGGUAGAGAAGAUUGGAGAGGGCACCUAUGGGGUGGUGUACAAAGCCAAGAACAGGGAGACAGGACAGCUGGUGGCCCUGAAGAAGAUCAGGCUAGAUCUGUGAGUGCUGGGACAGCCCCUGAGUUACCUGCCCUGGACCAGCAAAGCCUGGGCACUCUCCGGUCCGUUUCCUCCUUCUGGGAGUCCACACUCAUCUCUGGGUGCUGCCUGCAGCCCUUGCCCAUCCCCCACCCAGCUCACUGCCUCCUGAUCAGCCUUUGCCUGGGCCCUGCUCUGUGGAUCUGGGUGGGUGACAAGCCAAGGAGCACAUGGCCCAGGCAUCCUACGGGGAUAAGGGACGCAAAAGCCGAUCCCCCUGGCCGGAAGUGCCCUUCUUGGCCCCGGCCUCUGUGCCCACAGCUUGUUUCUUGCAGGGAGACAGAGGGGGUCCCAAGCACUGCCAUCAGGGAGAUCUCCCUGCUCAAGGAGCUGAAGCACCCCAACAUCGUCAGGCUGUUGGAUGUGGUACACAAUGAGAGGAAGCUUUAUCUGGUGUUUGAGUUCCUCAGCCAGGACCUGAAGAAGUACAUGGACUCCACUCCAGGCUCGGAGCUCCCCAUGCACCUCAUCAAGAGCUACCUCUUCCAGCUGCUGCAGGGGGUGAGUUUCUGCCACUCACAUCGGGUCAUCCACCGAGACCUGAAGCCCCAGAAUCUGCUCAUUAAUGAGUUAGGUGCCAUCAAGCUGGCUGACUUCGGCCUGGCUCGAGCCUUCGGGGUGCCCCUGCGCACCUACACCCACGAGGUGGUGACGCUGUGGUAUCGCGCCCCCGAGAUUCUCUUGGGCAGCAAGUUCUAUACCACAGCUGUGGAUAUCUGGAGCAUUGGUUGCAUCUUUGCAGAGAUGGUGACGAGAAAAGCCCUGUUUCCUGGUGACUCUGAGAUUGACCAGCUCUUUCGUAUCUUUCGUAUGCUGGGGACACCCAGCGAAGCCGUAUGGCCCGGGGUCACCCAGCUGCCUGAUUAUAAGGGCAACUUCCCUAAGUGGACCGGGAAGGGACUGGAAGAGAUCGUGCCCAAUCUGGAGCCAGAGGGCAGGGACCUGCUCACGCAACUCCUGCAGUAUGACCCCAGCCGGCGGAUCACGGCCAAGACGGCCCUGGCCCACCCAUACUUCUCGUCCCCGGAGCCCUCCCCAGCCACCCGCCAGUAUGUGGUGCCGCGAUUCUGCCUUUGAGAACGUCAAGGCCACACUCAGAUCCUCUCUCGAGCAGCUGCUGCCCCAGCUGCCUCCCACCCAUUCCCGAGAGAGGACGCAUCUGGGGAGAGCAAAGCACUAAGGAAUUGGCAUCAACCUGCAGAGGGCUGAGUCUGGGUUAGUCCUGCCCGCAGGUUAGCGAGAUCCUGUGUGGUUUUUUGGGUUUGACAGAGUUGUUUCAAAAUAGAGGCACAGAUGCUCCAUGCAUGGGGGUCCCCAGGCACUAGAACAACAGAUGCCAAGUUGCAGGCAGGGGGCCUGCCUGGUCUGGGCAGGGCCAGACCCUGAGGAAAGGGUGCCCCCUGCUGGUCUUUUUGGAUUUAAAAUGUUUGGGGGAAGAGUUGAGUUUCCGUUCAGAGUCCCAAGUUAAACAGGAGGGAGUGAAGGAAAGGAGAGAGGACAUGCCCCCGAUCCCAGGAGAGCUGGGCUGUGGCUGCACUAAGGAGUUGUUCCUUCACCCAAGAUGUGCUUAUCUUGGUUCGUUUCUGGCUUGACAACAAGAAAUAAACGUGAUAAUGUUCCUGAGUUU